CAUGCGCAGAAGGUUGGGGUCCGUGUCAUAAACCUGGGACACCAGACCUGUGCCAAAGGUGCUUCGUCUGGUCUGGUCUGGUCUGGUCUGGUGUGGUGUGGUCUCGUCUCUGUUAAUGUGGGUACAUAGGAUUCGGCAAGAGGGGAGGGACUCGUCCAUAACAUCAGCGGAAUAGCCACGUGUACAGGACUAAGAACAACCAUCGGAACAAGCUGAGCAAUACUGUCUGUUUGCAUGCAAUGCAUAGUAGCUAGGGCAGAGCUCAGAACAAGCAGAGCAGUACUGGCCUACGCGCCUGCGCCAUUUGGGACGCGUUAAACAGACAGUACACAGUAAUCAGAAUAUAGUUGAGGAUCUCCUCCGUGCAGCAGAGCAACAAUGAUCUUAGGAAAAGCACUGCUUAUCCGGCUGGGCUCAGUCUACCUGGCCCUGCUGUUAAUCUUUCUGAUGAUGGAUGUCAACGCAAGGCCAGCCAAUAUGUCAGCUCAUAAAGACAAAUCCCUAAACAGCAAGGAGGAGAACGAGAUCCUGCCUCCGGACCACUUGAAUGGGUUGAAGAUGGAGAUGGACGGGCACCUGAAUAAAGAUUUCCACCAGGAAGUCUUUCUGGGUAAAGACUUGGAGGAAUUUGAAGAAGAUUCAGAGCCCAGGAAAAACAGGAAGAAACUGAAAGACAUUUUCUCCAAGGUGGAUAUCAAUAAGGAUAAGAGUGUCAGUGCUAAGGAGAUGCAGCGAUGGAUCAUGGAGAAGACUGAGGAGCAUUUCCAGGAAGCGGUGAAGGAGAACAAACUGAACUUUAGAGCUGUUGACCCUGAUGGUGAUGGCCAUGUUGCUUGGGAUGAAUAUCGAAUCAAGUUUUUGGCGAGCAAAGGAUUCAACGAGAAGGAGGUUGUAGAAAAGAUAAAAAACAACGAAGAGCUGAAAAUUGAUGAAGAAACCCAGGAGGUUCUGGAGAACCUGAAGGACCGCUGGUUUCAGGCAGAUAAUCCCCCUGCUGACCAGCUGCUGAAUGAGGAGGAGUUCCUGUCGUUCCUGCACCCCGAGCACAGCCGCGGCAUGCUGAAGUUCAUGGUGAAAGAGAUUGUCCGGGACUUGGAUCAAGAUGGAGACAAAAAAUUGACCCUUUCAGAGUUCAUUUCACUGCCUGUGGGCACAGUGGAGAACCAGCAGGCCCAGGAUAUUGAUGAUGACUGGGUCCGGGAGAGGAGGAAGGAAUUUCAGGAAGUCAUUGAUGCUAACCAUGAUGGGAUUGUCACGGAGGAGGAAUUGGAGGAAUACAUGGACCCGAUGAAUGAAUACAAUGCCCUGAACGAAGCAAAGCAAAUGAUUGCAGUGGCUGAUGAGAAUCAAAACCAUAGCCUGGAGCUGGUGGAGAUACUGAAAUACAGUGAAUACUUCACUGGGAGCAAGCUGAUGGACUACGCUCGCAAUGUGCACGAGGAGUUCUAACAUCGCACACAUUGCUGCCGUUGCCAAGCACUAUCUAGCUUGUUUUUGUUAAGGCUAUAUUGAACAUUUAAUUGCUGCUGCUGUGUGCUCUUGUGUGUGAACUACAGAAUACAUGACCCUGUGCUACAUAGAUUACUUCUUAAUCUCGUCACAGUGCAGCAACAAGACGUGUGGCUAAAUCAGAUAUUUGACAGAGUUAUAAAUCAACAGGUUCCAUUUGUUUCUUUAAACAUCAAGCAGAUUUGAGGCUUUAUAAGGUAAUUCAGAACGAUUUAGAAAUACUAAAAGAAACUUAAUAAAACCAGUGACAGGUGUUUCAGUUAGAAGUCUUUGUCAUUUGAAUUGAAUGCAUUUCUUUUUGUGUUUCUGUAUCUAGUGCUAUUGAGUGUUUAGUGGUCAUGGAUAAUUGGGGAAUGAAGCUCUAGUUUAUGAAGCCCCUGGAUGAUAGGAUCUUGGUUUCAAAGCUGUUCAGAAGCCACCAAGGGAGGAGGAGGGGCCUUGUUUUUAUUGGUAUUUUACAUAAAUUGAAUGGCAAACAUUUCAAAAACAUUAAUGAUUUAAAAACAAAAAUAGUUAAAUAAGGAUGAUUUUCAUUUUAAUGGCAAAUGUCUUUAAUAUCUUAUUAAAAAGGUGUAGUGCCCCAUGUGGUUUUAAAAAAUAUAUAUUUUUACAGGUUCUGAGAGAAUCCGCUCUAGUUUCACUGCAACAAAUACCAUCUUGACUUUGUAUUGAUAAUUGGUUUCAUCAGUGUACACUAGAUGGCAUACCUGUUGAUCUGGUAAAGUACUGAAGGUGUAAAGUUAGUAUUUGAAUGCAGUCUAUUCUUAAAUACACAGGGAACUCGUAGAAAGUGGUGACCUGAACAGUUUUAUUGUGUUGAGUAAAAACGUCAAUUCCUGUUAACAGCCUCUAAUGGCACACGCAUGUGCAUGAAAUUAGCAACUGCAGUGGUAUACAGGUCAUUAACCACUAUAUUUAAACCACUGACUGAAUUUUAUUUCUGCAAUUAACUAUAUACGGUUUUAAAGGAGAAGUUGCCAACAUUUUCUUUUACUGUUUGCUCUGAAGUUAUUUAAGGAUCCCAUUCGACUGCUUUCUCCAGCGCUGGGUUUCUGGUAAAAGGAUCCUAUCUUAAACAAACCCUGUCACUUUCAGUCUUUGUUGCUGCUGCACUAUUACUAGGGUUUAGGCUGUUCAGUUUAACUUGAACUACACAUGAAGAUGAAUGAUUUAUCAGAAGAGUAAACGUAUAUUUUAAAUUCAAUAAAAACUGGAAUAAGACAAUGCACAGUUAAACAAGUUACAUAUUUUGUAAUAUUUUAAUUAUUUUAGUUGGUUUAAUCUGACAGUCUAAGUGGUACUGCCACAUAUUUGCUAAAAAAUAGUGCUUUUAAUGCAACAAUUUUUCAAUUACUGCAGGAACUUGCUUUCAUACUUCAUAAUACUGCAUCAUUACAUUAAAACAUCAAACAUGUUGCUGCCUAUUCCAAUAUUGCACUUUUAAAAAGCUUAACAUGUAUGCCUUUGUUUCACGUGCUACAGCAAUCUGUGGGUUACGCUGAUUAUUACACAUGUUCUUUAGGGAAAAAAAAAAGUUCUUUGUGAUUGCCUUCUGUAUUCUGGGAUAUUGAUUUUGUCAAGGAAUAGCUACACACUGCAACUCAAUCAAUGCCAUUCCAUUGAUUUUUUAAUAGUAAAAUAUUGUAGCGCCGGGGCUCUAUUCUAUAAUCCUCUAGAAUUGUUGUCAAUUAGAUCUUUGUGUUGUCACUCCACUAGCUGUGAGUGUGUAUGAAGCAUACAGUGUGGGUAGGAUCCCUCCACUAGCUAUGAUUGUGUAUGAACCAUAGUGUGGGUAGGAUCCCUCCAUUAGCUACGAGUGUGUAUGAACCAUAGUGUGGGUAGGAUCCCUCCAUUAGCUACGAGUGUGUAUGAACCAUACAGUGUGGGUAGGAUCCCUCCACUAGCUAUGAGUGUGUAUGAAGCAUACAGUGUGGGUAGGAUCCCACCACUAGCUAUGAGAGUGUAUGAAGCAUACAGUGUGGGUAGGAUCCCUCCACUAGCUAUAAGUGUGUAUGAACCAUACAGUGUGGGUAGGAUCCCUCUGCUGGCUAUGAGUGUAUUUGCUUACAGCGAGGGUGUGGGUAGGAUCCUUUUAUCUGUAACACAGGAAGUUGGAUAAAGUGGUGGAAAAUCAUUAAAAAAUAAAUAAAACAAGUGACCUUCAUAAACUGUGAAGGGACUUUUGUGACUGCUUAGAAAAAGGAGGACAAUGUGUCUGUAAAAUCUUGUUAGUCUCAAGUAAAGUGCUGACUGCAGUUAAAGAUGUACAUUUGCAAAAUCUUUACAUGUAAUAUAUGUUCAGCAUAUACAAUAAACAUCAUUAUUACUGCUGUCUUGCAAAUAUGAACCUUUUCAGCUUUCAGCAUUUUUUUCAUGCAGUCUUUUUUUUUUUUUUUGAACCUACUGAGAUCUGCGCAAUCUACUGCAUUUUUUUUUAAACAAAGAUUUAAGUUCUCUGCGGAUGUAUCUGUUAGCUAAAUGUUGGAUGCCAAGUAUAAAAUAAAGAUUCAAGUUCUGUGUAUUUAUUCACAGAUUUCUUUGUUAGAUUCCCAGAUUUAACAUGUCAGCUUUAAAUGCAGAAUUUGUGAUACACGUUUUCAAUAUUUAUAAAUUAUAUCUUGCAUCAAAAUUUUGUGAUGUAAGUUAAAUCCGAAACUUGCCGCCCCAUACAGAAAAACAGAAACUGAUUGUAGAAAAAGAUAGAACUUGAGAAGAAACUAAGUAACUAAAUUGUAAAACAUAAGAUGAAGUGUGAUUGAAUUCACAGCGACAGACAGGGUGGAGAUUUUGUCUGUAUGAAAAAGAUCAGGAUUCUCAAUAUAGUAAUAUCACCACACGUUCAUGCUUCAAUCCUUGCUUGUACUGGAAUCUAUGCCCUAAACGUAGCAUGUUUUACUUUUAUUUUUUAUUUAGAUUUUACAUACGUUGCUCCAGUUAUUUCAAUAAGUUACACCUGAGACUAAAUCCUUAUGAUGAGGUGUAGGAAUUAAGCCCAGGUGUAACUCAAAGGUGUACAUUUGAAGUCUGUUUUUAAGUCUGACGUUGGUAAAGUCAGGUGUACGUCCUGUGCACUCCAGCCCUGGUGUUUCCUUAAAAAGCGUUCCCAAAAUGCUAUUCCCAAUUUCUAUUUCUGAAUCUAAAGUUGUAGGUGAUGCAAAACUUCUGGCCAGUGCUGUAGGCAGUUCUAUUAAACUUCCAAAUAGAUUUUAUGUUCGUGAAGGGGUGUUCAAUCACGGUCCUGGAGGGCUAUUCCCCUCCAUGUUUAAUGAGAUAAUGAACUACUUCAGGGUCUGGAUGGAGGUUUAAAUGGUUCAAUUAAACAAUUUAGAACAGGGUUGGAACAAAUUCUAAGAGGGAAAUGUACCUCCUGGACUGUGAUUAGCCACACCUGUGUUAUGCUAUUGCCAUAACUUGUUUAAUAAAGAAUCACUUUCCCUUUGAA